UAUAGUAACUUUAUAUUUUCAUUUAAUUUCAAUAUAGUGAAAAUUUUUUAUCGAUAUAAGUCACAAUUUUGUAGCUUGCAGUUUAUAUUAGUUGAUUUUUCAGAAAAAAAUACAGUGUCAAUAAUUUAAGUAGAGAAAAAAUACUAUGAAAUCACUCACAGUGAAAGUCAAGCAGGGUUUCUUGAGAGGAACUGUCAAAUCAAACGUAGAUGGUGGAGAAUAUAUUUCUUUUCAGGGAAUUCCUUUCGCUGAACCACCUCUUGGUGAACUGAGAUUUAAGGAUCCCCAACCUGUGAAACCUUGGACGGAAAUUCGAGAUGCUGUGGAUGAGGAUAAAGUUUCACUGCAAAUGGAUAAUUUUACCAAAAAAAUGGUUGGAUCAGAAGAUUGUCUUUAUCUCAACAUAGCUACUAAUUCACUUUCAGGAAAAAAACCAGUUAUGGUCUUUAUUCAUGGUGGUGGUUUUAUAUUUGGAUACAAUCACAGCAAAUUGUAUAGCCCAGAUUAUCUACUUAAACAUGAUGUUGUUUUUGUUUCUAUUAAUUAUCGUCUUGGCAUGUUAGGCUUUCUGAACAUGGACGUGGAAGACUGUCCUGGAAAUCAAGGACUAAAGGAUCAAGUUCUUGCAUUAAAUUGGAUCCAAGAAAACAUAGAGGCUUUUGGUGGUGAUAAGAACAAUGUAACCAUUUUCGGACAAUCUGCUGGUUCUGUGUCCGUGCAUUGUCUCUGUUUAAAAUCUUCAAAUAAAGAACUUUUCCAUAAAGCAAUUCUUCAAAGUGGAUCAAUGGCUAAUCCUUGGGCUUAUCGACCUUCCAAUAAAGACGUGGGAUUUGAAAUAGCAAAAGAACUAGGAAAAGAAACUACAAAUCCCGAGGAAGUUGUGAAAUUCUUUAUGUCUCUACCACCUGAAAAAAUUAUCGAAGAGCAAACAAAGCGGUUGUUGCAAUCACUGAGCUUCAUUAAACUAGACUUUACAUUUGGACCCACAAUGGAUUGUGAAAGAUCGCGACCAUAUUUCAUAGAACCUGCAGACGAACUUAUGAAGAAAGGAAUUAAAAUUCCUGUUAUAAUUGGCUAUACCUCUCAUGAGGCAAUUGCACUUUUAGAAAAUGAACAAGAUGAAUUUUUUGAAACAUUUAAAAAUGAUUUUGAGAAUAUUCUUGCUCAAGAUCUGAAGAUAAACGUAAGCAAAGUAUCAGAAUUUGCAAAAGAUAUCAGAAAAUUUUACUUCAAGGAUGAAUCAAAUCCCAUCAAACAUCGAGAUAGUUGUAUCGAUUUCAAAACUGAUACUAUUUCUACUAUCGGAAUAUUGGAUACAAUUUACAAACAAAUAAAUAAGAAAACUCCAACAUAUGUAUAUCGAUUUUCUCAUAAUGUUCAGCAUUCAUGUUUAAAAGUUGUGUACAAUAUAAAAAUGGAAGGUGUCGUAAUCACGGGCGCUGCUCAUUGUGACGAUCUAAAUGUUUUAUUUCACAUCCCAUUUAUUGGUGACGAUAAGAAACUGAGAAAGGGUACACAAGACUAUUUAUUGAUGCAACGUAUGACUAAAAUGUGGACAGAUUUUGCGAAAACAGGAUGCCCUACGCCAAAAAUUGAUGAUCUGAUUAAUGUAGAAUGGAAGCCGUUUACUUCUGAUGAAAAAUGGCAUCUGGAGAUUCAAGAUAAAUUAACUAUCGAUAAAAAUUUAGAUGAAGAAAAGAGAAAAUUGUGGAAACCUAUUCUGAACCAACGGAACAUCCAGUUAUAAAUUCAUAUGUAUGAUUGUGCAUGUGAUUUCGUAUUUUUCGGAAGACUUGCAUACAAAUAAAACAAAUUUGAGAAUAGGAAAAAUUGAUUGUUUAAUUAAAUAAUAUCUAGGACCAGCAAUACAUAUGUUGCAAUAUAGAAAUAAGUCGCAUGAAUGAGCCCAUGAGGACCAAUAUUCCAUAACAGUCUCUAAUAAGCUCUUUGCAAGAUAAUAUAGAAGACCCUACAUCGAGGAAUUCGGAUCAUUUUUAAAGCGUUCUUUUACCACUAUCUGAGAUGGUUAUAGAAGCAAUACUACUUCACUGGCAAAUAUAUUCCUAUUAAAAAGACAUUAUGGAAAUUUCUUUCACUCCCACCUGUUUAUAACAAGUUAAAUCAUACC